AUGGUGAAUGCCAAAUAUGUCGCCUUUACAGUCAACAAGCAGACGCCCUUUCUGCAGACGCCCGAUCAGGCCUAUGCCACCGUAAUCAACUGUCGCCCUCCGACGGGCAAGCGGGCGGGGUAUGCGCACGAGGUGCGCUCCCACAACGUUCCCUUGGCCAAGGUCGAAGGCAGUCUGAAGCGCAAGCGGGGCGACGACGGCAAGAGGGACAACGAACAAACGACCAGUCUGGCCAUUUCCUCGUGCUCCGCGAGCAAUGCGACGACUCCACAUGCCACGGCUACGGCCCGCCCGCUCCUGAAUCAGCAGUGGCAGCAGCGCAAGCCGACGCGGUUACGCAGGGGCAAAGUCCUGUCCAAGGGCGUCGACCUCGACUGCUGGUUCAUCAUCCUCUCCUACUCGGACCCCGCCCAGCUACUGGAAAUGCGCAGUAAAAUCGCCUCCUGCUAUCGCUUCCUGCGGGACAACCCCAUGCUCUGGAAGCAUAGCAGGGUUUACUACUACGGACCCGACAUGCCGGACCCACCUCCAGGACUUAGCGAAUUUCAGUUUGCACAUCUACGCCACGGACACGGCUGUAUGGACUGUGGUGCGCCGAACACCCGCAAGACCUUCUGGGCUUUCCUGCGCCGAAUGUGCAAGGAUUGUCUGACAAACCAGGUCAUCAAAGAAUACGAGGCCGUGGCACUGCUCAAGGGUCAGAACGGAGAAGACAUUUCCUUCAUCCGCGCGGCUCUGCCCAGUGGCAUCUUCGAUUCUUGGGGUAACUUUGUCGGCGUCGGUCCAGCUAGCACACAUGCACUGAAAACAAUCUACCUGCGUUCCGACGUCAACAAGAUCGUUGCAGAGUACAACCGUGAGGCACAACUCCAUGCUUCCGAUGCUUCCACCGAGCAGCCGCCUGCUUGGCUGGCCGCGUGGAUUGCUGCCAAGGCCAAGAAGGUAGAGGAACGUCAGAUGUUUGCCAAGAAAAUGGAGCAGUGGGAGGAGAUGCAGCGGACAGCCCGGACGACAGACUACAGCGCCAAGAAGUCGCGGCGUAAGAUGUUCUUCAAGGAAAAGGCAUCGCAACUGCACCCACCCAUUGGCGUCAAGGAGCUCGAGGCCUGCCCGUCAUACAAGCGUGCCAUUACCAUCCCCAAGGACCCCAACAACACAUCAUGGGAUCUCCUCAAACCAAAGAUUGUAAAGGAAGCCGCAGAAAACGCAGCCAAGCGAACGGCCGAUGACUCGCGCCCGCCUACAGCGUCGACGUCUGGCAUCUCCACACCCACAAGCAGCAUGGACGGUUAUCCGCACACGCAUCCCUAUCUCAGCAUGAUCAUGGGCUUGCCUCCACCGGACGGCCGCAUUGCCACCGCCGUUUCUGAAAUCUAA